GCACCAAAAAUUAGAAACAAAACAAAAAAAAUCAAAUGAUAGACUUUUCCAUCUCCACAAACAAGAAAAAGUGAGCUAACCUAUGAUAUCAGAAGAUUAAAAAAAGAUAGAAUUAGAAGAGGAAGACGUCUAUGUGCAUGAAUUUUAAACAAUGUGGCUUCCAAAUGGAAAGGCAAGUAGUCGAGGAAGAAAAGGUGGUCGAAAUGGGCUGGUUGCUGUAGCCAUAGACACGGACAAAGCGAGUCGACACGCCAUCCAAUGGGCCAUUGAGAAUCUCCUUGCCAAGGGCCAGACCGUCAUCCUCAUCCACGUCCUUCAGAGGUCCUCUGCGAAUUCAUAUGCAGGUUGCAACUAUGCCCUUACCGGCAUCAAUGGUAGUGGCAGUGAUAUAGUUCUUGAAAAACCGACUAGAGAUUUGUUCCUCACCUUCCAUUGCUUCUGCACGCGUAAAGAUAUAUUAUGUUUCGAUGUGGUGCUGGAGGACAUGGACAUUGCCAAGGCCAUAACGGAAUACACUGCACAUGCUGCAAUAGAGAAUUUAGUUCUUGGAGCAUCUCGCCAUGGCUUCAUUAGAAGAUUGAAGACGGUAGAUGUUCCGACAAGCGUGUCGAAAUCAUCACCGGAGUUCUGCACAGUCUACGUCAUCUCGAAAACGAAGCUUUCGUCUGUCCGAAAUGCUUCUCGACAAGCGCCAUUUGCCUCCCCACUCUUGCCGCACUUACAACAAUUGCAGGAGCAGAGCAACAAUAAUAAUAACAGUAACAACAAUGCUGUAAUAUCUCCCACAGCACGCACCACGCCACGACACCUACCUAGCAAAGGUCCGGACAGGACGCCUCCUCGCAAGGUCAUUGCUGAAGACACUGACAUGAUGAGCAAGUCGCCAAUUUUGACGCGAGGCUAUAACCCAAACAUGUUUAUGGAUCUAUCUGACAAUGAUACAGAUAUAUCUUUCAUUAGUUCAGAGAGGCCGAGUACAGAUAGCAGAUUUAUGGAUCCUCUGCUCUACGACGGCAUGGAUCCGAGCCGGAGCUCUCGAGUUUCGGUUAGCUCCGAGAGUAGCUUCGGAUCGAUGCGUUCUGGGCCAAGAUACAAUGAGAUGAGUUCUUUUUCCGAAUAUUCCACAGCAUCAAUGGAAAAUGAUGAGGUGGAGGCUGAAAUGAGAAGGCUAAAGCUGGAGUUGCAGAAAACAAUGGAUAUGUACAGCACAGCUUGUAAGGAGGCCCUAACAGCCAAGCAAAAGGCGGUUGAGCUACACCGGUGGAGGGUAGACGAGGAAAAGAGGCUGGAGGAGGCGCGGACAGCAGAGGAGGCGGCGCGAGUGACAGCGGAGCAAGAGAAAGCCAGGUACAAAACAGCGUUGGAGAACGUUGAAGCAGCUCAUAGGGUCGCAGAGCUUGAAUCUCAAAGAAGAGUCGAGGCAGAGAAGAGGUCGAUGCAGGACGGCGAUGAAAAUGGACUCAUUAUGACGCCCUUGAGAUACAGAAGAUACUCCAUUGAAGAGAUUGAGGAAGCCACCGAUUACUUCCACGAGUCGCGCAAGAUCGGGGAAGGUGGCUACGGCCCUGUCUACAAGUGCUCCCUUGACCACACACCAGUAGCAGUUAAAGUCCUACGGCCUGAUGCAGCUCAAGGGAGAUCACAGUUUCAACAAGAGGUUGAAGUGUUGAGCUGCUUAAGACAUCCAAACAUGGUACUUCUGCUAGGAGCUUGCCCCGAGUACGGUUGCCUAGUCUACGAGUACAUGGCCAACGGAAGCCUAGAAGACCGUCUCCACAGAAGGGGAAACACACGGCCUCUGACGUGGCAGCUUCGGUACAGGAUUGCUGCAGAGAUUGCCACAGGGCUACAUUUCCUCCACCAGACGAAGCCAGAGCCACUGGUCCACCGCGACCUCAAACCCGGAAAUAUCUUGCUAGACCAGAACUACGUCAGCAAGAUAAGCGACGUAGGUCUGGCAAGACUGGUCCCACCAUCCGUGGCGGAUGAUGUUACACAGUACAGGAUGACCUCCACAGCAGGGACGUUCUGCUACAUCGACCCAGAAUACCAGCAGACGGGCAUGUUAGGCGUGAAAUCUGAUGUCUACUCGCUAGGAAUCGUGUUGUUGCAGAUCAUCACGGCCAAGCCCGCGAUGGGCUUGACUCACCAUAUUGGCAAUGCCAUUGAAAAGGGAACCUUGCCGCAGAUGCUCGAUCCCACCGUCCCCGAUUGGCCCAUGGAAGAGACUUUAAACUACGCCAAGCUGGCUUUGCAAUGCGCGGAGCUCAGGCGCAAAGACAGGCCGGAUCUUGGCAAGAUCAUUGUGCCUGAGCUUAACAAGCUGAGAGAGCUUGGUGAAGAUAAUAUGUGCAACUUUCUAAUAGGUGGAAGUACAGCUUCCACUCCUAACCACAGCUUCAUCUCUAGUAGCUCUAAAUCAUCCCAUGAAUUCAAGAGCGAUCCCAACGUUCAAUCUACGUAUAGUGGCAUAGACAGUGGCAUGGGUUCAACAUCAAUGCCGGGACAUGUAUCAGAAAAUUCGCAAUGAACUUGCAUGUUAAAUUACAAUAGGAGAAUGGAGCUUCGCCUUAGAAGAUUUAGCAAUGUACUAUUAGCUUAGGUAGAAGGAGCAUAUAUCGAGAUUUGCUUGAUUUAAUGCAAUGCACUUUUGGGAGUAGUUAUGUAGUAUGAAUUACCACAUUUGUAUACUUUAAUUAGUGAAUUAGUUUCAGUCGUUCA